AAUAAGCCUUACACUUCGCCUUCUUCCUGGUUCCAUCGCUCGAUGCGCCACCGCCCAUUUCUAUUUCUAACACAAAGAGCAACCAAAUCGAGCGAGAUCGAUUCCAUUUCUUACCGAAGAUCUCUCCUCUCGUCGCGGAUCUCGUUCCUCUCCAGCAACCGAGGCUGAGCGGAAGAGGGAGGGCGAAGUACGUGCUCCUCCGCUUGAAUCUGUGCUUCGUUCGGCCGGAAUGGAAAAAAUCUAUUUCGAUAAUGGAGUCGGCUUCCCGGAGCCGGAAAAUCUCUUUCUGGUCCUCGUCUUCGCAUUCGGAUCGUUCCUGGCUCGCCUCUUUCUCGAUCGCGUAGUCUAUAAGCCUUUUUCUAUGAAAUUAUUAAGAUAUAAAGCUGUUCCUAUGGUGAACGAUGAGGCUAAAUGGACAAAAAUUAUAAAGUCUUGUGAGUCAAUGUGGAAGCUGACAUAUUAUGCUAGUGUUCAAAUAUGGGUAAUUUCAAUUAUCAAGCAGGAGCCUUGGUCAUUAAAUACAAAGGAAUACUUCAAAGGGUGGCCAAAUCAAGAAUUGAAGUCUUCUUUGAUGCUCUUCUACAUGUGCCAAUGUGGAUUUUACAUUUAUAGUAUUGUUGCUCUCAUUGCCUGGGAAACUCGCAGAAAAGAUUUUUCAAUAAUGAUGUCUCAUCACAUAAUAACCUCAAUUUUGAUUGGAUUUUCCUACAUUACCAGGUUUUUCCGUAUUGGAACUAUAAUUCUUGCUCUUCAUGAUACGAGCGAUGUGUUUAUGGAGUCAGCUAAGUUGUUCAAAUAUUCAGGAAUGGAAAUGGCAGCUAGCUUUUUAUUUGGACUUUUUGCUGUAUCAUGGUUUCUUCUGAGAUUAAUAUGCUUUCCCUUCUGGAUAAUCAAGUCCUCAAGCUACGAGAGUUUCGAAUUCUUGUCAUGGAUGAACCAAUUCCCUACCGCUUUGUAUUACAUAUUCAACACAAUGCUCAUUACUCUACUCAUCUUCCAUGCCUACUGGUGGAAACUAAUAUUUGCAAUGAUUAUGAAACAGAUGAGCAACAAAGGUCAAGUGGGGGAGGACAUUCGGUCAGAUUCGGAAGAUGAAGGAUGAAGUCUAAACUGGCCAAUUAAGGGGGAAAAAAAGGUGAUUUUCUAACUCAGCAAACUAAGCACAGAAUGCUAGUCAUUCAUUUUAUUGAGCCAGGAUCAAGCAUAUAAAAUAGCCUCAAAUUCGAAUGCUGCAAUACAUAUCGAAGGUUCUUCUUAGUUGCUUUGUCAUAUUUUCCUCUUCUCUGAUUUGCACAGUCGCAUUCCAUUUCAGUUUUCUUCUAUACAGAGGGAUUAUUUUACUUUGAAACAAGUUGUAGGCUUCUCUGCCAUUGUCCCUGAACACACUAAUCAAUCAGGGAAACUGAUUUUGAGUUCACGCCCUUGCACAAUUUUUGUCUGUUUGAUGUCCAUGUAAAGGUAAACUGAUCUUGUAUUUCUAUGAUGUCUAUGUUGAUGCUUGUUUUGUUGAUGUUUUAAUAACAGUCGCGAACACAGACAUUUAUUGAA